CCUGUCCACAGCACAGUCACUAUGAUCAAAUCACCUCCUAACCAUCCCAUUCUCAAUGACUCAGCAAGUUUAAGAUCAACUUGGGCUCAACGUGCAUGGGUAGCAUGUGGUUGCACCACGGUCCUAAUCUCUCUAGCAAAGGCAAUAAUAGGUGCAGCCGAAUCACACAUAUGGUUUCGCCCCAUUUUAGCAGCCUUGGCCGGCUAUAUUUUAGCUGACCUUGGGUCCGGAGUGUACUAUUGGGGUAUUUACAAUUAUGGUAGUACCUCAACUCCAAUUUUUGGUGCCCAAAUAGAUGGGUUUCAAGGUCACCAUAAGUGGCCAUGGAAAAUCACUAGGACACAAUUUACAAACAAUUUUCACACCCUUGCUCGUGCUGUCACAUUCACAGUGCUACCAAUGGACCUUGCUAAUAAUAAUCCAAUAUUUCAUGCUUUUGUUGGUGUGUUCUCAGGUUGCAUUUUGUUUAGCCAGCACUUUCAUGUUUGGGCUCACACAACAAAGAGCCGGCUUCCACCACUGGUAAUUGCAUUGCAAGAUAUGGGAUUGCUUUUGUCAUGCCAAUAUGCUGAUCAUCAUAGGCCACCUUAUAACAAUAAUUAUUGCAUAGUGAGUGGGCUUUGGAAUAAGUUUUUGGACCAACAUGUUUUGAAGGCAUUGGAGACGAUUCUGUUCUUUAAGCUAGGGGUGAGACCUAGGUCCUGGAGUGAGCCCAAUUCUGGUUGGACCGAAGAGACUAAGGCUUAGGGGCGACUCAAUCCUUAGGCUAUUUAGGCAAUGUCCUAGGGCUCCCAAAUGGAAGAAAACUCAUAUUUGUAUAAGGUUUCACAGCAUUAAGAAAAAAGGUGUAGUUGAAAAUAAUAAUAAUAAAAUUAAGACCUUAUCUCUUUUGACCAAUAGAAUGCAUUAUUUAUCUUACAAUGUAAAAUUUUUA